AAGAUCAGAGAAAAUAUCAUCGUUCUUCUUACAUUCAUCUUUCUUUUCGUAAUCUCUUACUUGAUCAUUGUUCGGUUUCAUCAUAAGAAGGAGCGAGAUGGUUUGUAUGGAGGAGAUGAAGAUGCCAAAGCAUUCAGCCUUUUGGCAGUGGACUUUCAUAUUGAGUAAUGCCUCUCUAUUCGCACUACUUCCAUUUUCAUACUUCUUCACUGAAUCAGAAGGCUUCUCUGGUCAAAAGAAGGGAUUAAUGUCACGUGUAUAUGAAACCAUAACAGUGUUGGUGUUGUUGGCUGUAUUGGUGCUAGGAAUGGCUGUUCUGGCUUUGGCAUUCUUUGACCAUGAUAAUUCAGCACAGGAAAUAUUGAUGAGAGUAAGUGGUUACUAUGUACAGUAUCUCUACUCCUUCUUGCUAUGCAUAUGUGUGGUGUUGAUGGUGGUCACAUGUGCCCCCCUUGGCUUUACAACUUUAUUUGACGCUAUGGGUCACCUGCUAGUUAAGCCAAAGCUGUUUGAAAAUAAUGACAACCGAAUUGAAGCAGAAAAAUAUGAAGAGGAAGCAUUGGAAAGAAAGCUGAAAUCUGCCUCCUACAUGGCCAAGGUAAGCCAACAAGAAAAACAGGAUCUACAAAGGGAAUUUGAAUCCACAAAGAAAACAAGAUUAAAACUUGAAAGAAGAAAAAGGGCAUCAGCACUUGAAAGAAACCUUGGCUAUCCUCUUGCUAUGAUUCUUCUGUUGGUGCUUACUGGCCUUGCUUUGUGCAUGGUAUCCUUUCAUAUAUUGAAACUUGUCUUUGUUGGAGAUGAAGAACUUCACCCAAGCACUUCCAGAGAGGAUUUUGGAAAAGAUUACAGAAAUAUUUAUCGUCCAAAAACAUCUCCAAAAGAAAAAAAGCAACAAAAAGAAGAAGCAGUGCACUGGUGGUGGCAGUUCUGGCUUACGACUGAAACUUUACCAACAGAAGUAAAUGAUGUAACUGAAGGACCUUCACUACAUACAUUAGGGGCAAACUCAUUAUCACCAUUUGGUAUAUUUGGAACCUUUGUUGAGGUUUCAGUUGUAUUAUACCUGAUGUUAGCAUCUGUAGUUGGGUUAUACAACAUGCCAGGGUUCAGGUUGCUAAAACCUCAAAAAUACAACACCGAGAUUACGAAGAUCAUUUUAAACUGCCUUGUUGUUCAACUGCUAAGUUCAUCUUUACCAGUUCUAUCUAGAGUAUUAGGCAUCACUGUGUUUGAGUUGCAAGGUAACUUUGGUAAGUUUUCAUGGUUGGGAAACUUCUAUAUAAUAUUUGGUUGCAAUGUGGGGUUCGCUGCUGUUACUGCUUUGUGCCUGGUCAACAAAUUCACUCUAAAAAUGAGAAGAGAGUUAUACAAAGCAUUAAGGUUUCGAAGUGUCAGCAUUACUCCUAAUGUGAAGCGUACCAGACCUCCAGAUAUGGCAGCGCACACUUCAGUUUUUUUAACCAAUGCAUCAGAUGUGCUACAGAAAAAUGAAGAACCAGACAAUAACUCCAACGACGCACUUCAAACAACACUUUUUGCAUUGGAAAAACAGCUUAAAGAAGUGGAUGAUAAAAUAUGCUCUCCGUCCAGAACUUCCAAACUUACAUCGAGAAAAUUUUUAGGUCCUACAGCUUUAAAUGCGGUUGUGCAUAGAUAAGCUGGGGAAAAAAAAAAGGGUUCCCCUUUUUUUGGGUUUAUUUCUUUAGUACUUUUACUUGCUUUUGUACACUAAAAUUGGUUUCGUAUUAUGUUAAUUAGUUUUUGCAGAUAUUAGUAUUAUACGAAUUAGUUUUGCAGAUUUUUUACAUAUGUACACUGCGGUAAACUAUUUUUCUUUAUAUGAUGGAGUUCUAAUUUGAUCCAUGUCACAUUUGUUUGUUAGUUUUAGCCAAGAUGUAUGCUUGCCUUACCAAAUGGCUUCAAUAACAAUGUGUUUAGUUGAGCCAAUUUGCUUCAUUUUGUUUAUUGAACAUGCCAAUAGAAAGCACAAUUGUGACAUAUACUGUUUACGAAGAUAGUUCUUAACUCAUUUGCUGGUACACUUCCUUAACAAUUCUUUAAUGUAGUACACACCCUGUACUUUGCUUGGUGUUAACUGAAAAACUGCUUUUAUAGAUUUCUUUUCAUUCAAAUACUACUGUACCGUGAUUUUAGAUCUUUUCUGAAGCAUUGAACUAAAAUAUAUUAAUAACAUCAGUUACAUCACUGCAUUAUAAGCAAGACACUUGUUUUUGAAUUACAAUAUUUAAUUUAUUCA